AUGGUGUUCUGUUCCACGCAGAUGGGCUUUCUGGCUUCUCCUGCCCCUCUGAUGCUGGCCAGCCUUCUAAGGGCUGAUGUGAUUUCUGUUUUCUACACCUCAUGUGCAGAGACCUUUGCAACGAACCCUCAGUAUCGCAUUCAGGUGACCAUCAUUGACAAAGAGGACCCAGAGGACCACAACAUCCUGCUUUCCCUGAUGCAGAAACCCCAACAGAAAUAUCGCACCAAGAGACGUUUCUACCCAACUGGACUCACAAUAUCCAAGGUUCCACCAGGGUUGCUGCUGUUCCAGAGAAAAAUUGCUCCUCUUGCGCAGACAAUUCCCCUAAAUUCGAUGGCGUUGGAAAACUUCAGCUGCUAUUUCGCGAUGUUUUCCAUCUGCUGCGAGACCCCUAACUUCAUUGAUGGAGACCUCAGCUGUGCGUGGAAAUGCAUGAUCUAUGAUGGCAGCUGGAUGGCGGGGGUGUCUGCUGGGGGCAGCAUAAACAACCGUUCCAAGCAGGGAGUCUGUCUGAGGCCUCCGGUCAGCAUGCACCAGCCUGGAAGCAGCACCUCCAUCAUCAACUUGCGUUACCAGGACGGCAGUGAAGGGAGCCCCUCCAAUCCUGUCCACUUCAAGAAACAGGACUGUGCUCAGCUGAAGGAAUACUGUCUCAGCAGGAGGUCUCUGUUUGUGGACAACACCUUCCCGCCUGAUAGCUGUUCUUUGGGUGAUCUGCCAAACUUGACCAUCUGGCAGGAAGAUGAAGACAUCCUGAGAUUACAAAAGAACAGUGAUGAGCCGGAAUUUUGCCUGGAUGGAGCCUCAAGGUUUGACUUCGCUCAAGGCAGUUUGGGUAACUGCUGGUUUUUGGCUGCACUUUCUUCACUCACUUUCCAUGAACAACUGCUGACUCAAGUGGUCCCAAUGGACCAAUCCUUCAAGGAAUAUGCAGGCAUAUUUCACUUCAGGUUUUGGAGGUUUGGCAAGUGGGUGGACGUUGUCAUCGACGACUACCUGCCAACACUCAACAACCAGCUACUGUUUGCAAAAAGCAAAUGUGGAAAUGAGUUCUGGGUUCCUCUGCUGGAAAAAGCAUAUGCCAAAGUGUGUGGUUCAUAUGCCGACAUGAAUGCCGGGUUGCCGUCUGACGCCUGCAAGGAUUUCAGUGGAGGUGUGACCAUGAUCUACAAUUUGGGGGAAACCAACGACCAAUAUCCGGGCGAUGACGAGGACCUGUGGCUCUCACUGAAGAGAGCCACAGAGUGCAAAUCAAUGAUCUGCUGUGGGACUGCCUCCAGAGAGGGUAAGUUGGUCAACACUAUUGCGCACACUGGACUGGUGGAUGCCCAUGCCUACACCGUCACAGGCGUCACUGAGGUCGAACUUGAUGGGGCUAAAGUGAAGCUGGUACGAAUCAUGAAUCCAUGGGGCGCGCAAGAAUGGAAUGGAAAUUGGAGUGACGAGAUGGCGCUGGAAAACUUCAGCUGCUAUUUCGCGAUGUUUUCCAUCUGCUGCGAGACCCCUAACUUCAUCGAUGGAGACCUCAGCUGUGCGUGGAAAUGCAUGAUCUAUGAUGGCAGCUGGAUGGCGGGGGUAUCUGCUGGGGGCAGCAUAAACAACCAGACCUUUGCAACGAACCCUCAGUAUCGCAUUCAGGUGACCAUCAUUGACAAAGAGGACCCAGAGGACCACAACCUCCUGCUUUCCCUGAUGCAGAAACCCCAACAGAAGUAUCGCACCAAGAGACGUUUCUACCCAACUGGACUCACAAUAUUCAAGACUCCUCAAGGGCGCUUGGGGCGGUCCUUCUUUAACAGGAACCCCCCUGUUAGUUUACAACAGAUUUACAGGUAUGAGAGGGAUUUGAUUGAGCUGCACAGCCUGGAGCCUGGAGAAUAUGUCAUCGUUCCAUCCACAAUAAAAGCCAACAUGACCGCAGACUUUGUUCUCUGUGUCUACACCAAGGCUGAUGCUAAGAUCAGCCCCUAUCCAACAGGCGGUGGAGACCACUUGAAUGAAAAUGAGAAAAAUAAUGUCAACGUCCCAGAGACACCUGACAAGCCCAAGGAGGAGAUCGCAAAUGAGGACUCCAUGAGGGAUUUAUUCAACCUCUAUGUUGAUCAGGGUGGCGAACUGAAUGCCAUCCAGCUGCGAAAGCUGCUGAAUGACCAGUUCCCACACGGAACCUCGCACGGCUUUGGUUUGGAAACCUGCAAGAGCAUGAUUGCUAUCGUGGAUAGUCUAUUCCAGCAAUCUGACCUGAAUGGCUGUGGACGCCUGUCUGACCAUGAGCUCCAGAAGGCCAUUGAGGUUGCAGGAUUGAAUGUGAAAGAUCAGCUCGUGAGGCUGAUGAUGUUUCGAUACGCAGGCCAAACGUCCACCACCCUGGAAGAGUUCAUCGCUCUCAUGUUGCGCCUGGACAGGAUGUCCGGGAUUUUCAAAGACAAAUCAUCCGAGGGCUUUAUACACCUGAGCUGGGAAGAGUGGUCCAACCUCUCCAUGUACAACUAG